UUUUCUUUUCUCGUGAUACUUGUUCGUUGACGAAAUACUCGUUCUUUCUUUUCAACCCGGUGUCAGCCAGCGUUCUCUUCACGUUUUUUUACAAUUCGGUUUUUACGUUUUAUUUUUACACUAUUUCGUCCAGAACAUCAUCCUAACCAGUCAUGAGUGGUGGAGUCAUGUGUUACCGGUGCAAUCGCUCUGGUCAUUUUGCCAGGGAUUGCCGUGAAGCUGGCUCUAUAAACAGUGCGACUUUCAGUCGAGGUGGCAGAGGAGGUGGUGGUAACGGUAGUGAUCGUGAAACCAAUUGUUACAAGUGUAAUCGCAGUGGACAUAUUGCCCGAGACUGCAAGGACAAGGAUAGGUGUUACAGAUGUGAUGGUGUUGGUCAUAUAGCUCGUGACUGCUCUCAAUCUGCUAGUGAACCGUCAUGUUACAAUUGUCGUAAAACUGGUCAUUUAGCUCGUGACUGUCCAGAUGAACGUGCAGAACGUGGAUAUGGUGGCAACAGUGGUGGCAUUAGCAGCUCUACAUGUUAUAACUGUAACAAAAUAGGACACUUUUCUAGAGACUGCAUGGAGAGCAGAAAUGAUAAUGGAAACUUUUCGGCUCUCUGUCGUAAUUGUAAUGGUUCUGGACAUAUGGCUCGUGAUUGUCCUGAGGGUAAUAAACAAAGCUGUUACAAUUGUGGUGAGCUGGGACAUCUGAGUCGUGAAUGCCGCAAGCGUAACUAGUUCCUGUUUGUAUACUUAGUAUAAUUAUCAAACUUCAAAAUCGCAGCCAAAAAAAAAAAAAAAAGGGAUA